UAUAUACAUGCACUAGCCUAUUCUUUGAUAUUCACAAGCCAAGGCAAAGUCUUCAAUAAAGAAGUUGCUUUAGUCUAUCAUUCUCUUUAUUCUCCGUUCCUCAAUGACGAGCUCACUGGCUCUUGCUUCAUGGUUGGUUUUGGUUUUAAGCCUUGUAAUGGCGAUUUCAACUACUCGAGUUGAGGCUGCCAGGGCAUUCUUCGUAUUCGGCGACUCCCUGGUUGAUAACGGCAACAACAAUUAUCUAGUCACCACUGCUCGAGCCGAUUCGCCUCCUUUCGGCAUCGACACUCCCAGUCGUCGCCCCACCGGUCGCUUCUCAAAUGGCAAAAACAUCCCUGAUUUCAUCAGCGAUGCACUAGGUUCGAAGCCGACGCUGCCGUAUUUGAGUCCGAAACUUCAGGGGAAUAGGCUACUUGUUGGUGCCAACUUUGCUUCCGCUGGUAUCGGAAUCCUCAAUGAUACCGGAAUCCAAUUUAUAAACAUUAUAAGAAUGUACAGGCAACUACAAUACUUUCAAGAGUACCAACGCAGGUUGGCCGACCUCGUAGGAAAUGACAAAGCACAGCGAAUUGUAGGCGAAGCUCUCGUCCUCAUCACCGUUGGCGGCAAUGAUUUUGUUAACAACUACUUCUUGGUUCCAUUUUCCCCAAGAUCUCGACAAUUUAGUCUACCGGAUUAUGUUAGAUAUCUCAUCUCCGAGUACAGAAAGCAUCUAAUGAGACUGUACGAACUUGGAGCGAGGAAGGUGCUGGUGACCGGCACCGGACCAUUGGGUUGUGUCCCGGCAGAAUUAGCCAUGCGGAGCCCAAAUGGUCAAUGUGCGGCGGAAUUGCAACGAGCCGCUGGCCUUUAUAAUCCACAACUUGUUCAAAUGAUAAAUGGACUCAACAGCGAGCUGGGUGGUAAGGUUUUCAUUGCUGCUAAUAUACAGCAACGGACCAAUGAUUUCAUCAGUAACCCUGGAGCCUAUGGAUUUACGACAUCGAAGAUAGCAUGUUGUGGGCAAGGGCCAUAUAAUGGACUGGGAUUGUGUACGUCAGCAUCAAAUUUAUGCCCGAAUCGUGACGUCUAUGCUUUCUGGGAUCCCUUCCACCCGACGGAAAAGGCUAAUGGCAUUAUUGCGGAUAUGAUCUUGAAAGGCUCCCCCGCUUACAUGAGCCCCAUGAAUCUGACCAGUCUCUUAGCUUUGGACACCGUUACUACGACUUAAUUAAUUACUUUUAAUCUAAUAAGCAUGUCUUAAUUAUGUUGCUGCUGCUGCUUUGGUUG